AUGCAUUUCAGCAAGCCACUCAUUCUCCUAGCCGGCCUGGAGAGCCUUGCCCAGGCGGCUAUUUUCUCUGCUGAUGCGGACAAAGACCUCUCCGUCUGGGGACGCUCGACCUCCUCGCCAGAGGCCAACGAGCACAAAAUCCGGAGGCGUGCCCUGCGAGGCCGACGCCUCGGAAGCAGGCAGUCUGGCUGGAACCCGCCGGCAGACCUGGCAACCCCACUGAAAGAAGUGUGGGACCACACCUUGGAGACGUACAACAACGGCCAGGCCUUCGCCUUCAAGAACUAUGGUUGGGACCAGCUUAAGGCCAACGACGGAGCUCUGAACUACUGUGUCAGGUGGGAGUCAGACACGCCCGUCUCCGAGGCCCAGCGCGACCAGAUCGCCACGGCCGUCAACGAGCAGUACCAGAAAUGGUUCAGCCACAUGUACGGCUUCGACGGGUUCCCCUACAGCAACAUCAGCGUCAACGUCGUGGGCUGGGCCGUCAAGGACAAGAGCCUGCUCGAGGGCUCCACCGAGGGCCUCGACAUCUACACCGACGUCGACGGCGAGGGCGCCCCGCAGUGCGCCGAGUCGUGCGGCCGCUUCUUCAACCAGGGCGGCGACUUUAGCAGGUGCGCCGGCGGUGCCGCGAGGCACUACGACCAGUCGCUGUGGCUGACUGAUGGCAUGGGCGGCGGUGCCGGUGGUGACUGGGGCCAGCGCAUUGGGUCUGAGUAUUUCCUGCAGACUCUCGGCUCGGAUAAUAUUCAUAUCCUUCUGCAUGAGAUGGGACACACGUUCGGCCUGGAUGACUUCUAUGACUGGACCCCGACUGGCAUGGACAAGUUCAUCAUGCUUGCUGGCGCGUCCCAGGAGGUUACGGAGUUUGAUGGGUGGAUGCUGCGCAACUGGUGGUAUGAGCUGUCGCGGGAGAGGGGCUGGCAGUCUUGA